AUGAAGUUCGAAGUUAAACAAAUCUCGACCGAGACUGUAAAACCUUCUUCACCAACCCCACACCAUCUUCGCCAUUACCAGCUAUCCUUUCUUGAUCAAUUAUGUCCCAAAACCUACAAUCCUCUAGUCUUCUACUACUAUUUAAAAGACGACCAUGAUAUCACUGAAAUAUCCAACAAGAUCAAGACCUCUUUAUCGGAGGUCUUAACCCUUUACUACCCUCUAGCUGGCCGAGUCAUCAACGACCGAUUCGUUGACUGUAACGACGAAGGAGUUUCCUACUCAGUAGCCCGAGUUAUUUCCCCGUGCAGUCUUUCCGACGCGCUCAAUAAUCUAAACCCUAAUGAAAUAUGUAACCUACUUCCUUUUGAACUGUUUCCCACCACGGAAUUUGCCCUAGGUGUCCAACUCAACAUCUUCGAAGGCGGCGGAAUCGCCGUCGGCCUAUGCAUCACUCAUAAGUUGGCCGACGCAUUGUCAUGCAUCAUGUUCGCCAAAACUUGGGUCGCCGUCGCUCGUGGGGAAGCCGAUCAAGUGCCUCAUCCCGAGUUCAUUGCGGCGACUCUCUUUCCUCCAAAGGAUGAACCCGGGCCCGACAUAACUGUCACGGCCUCAAAGGAGAUCAUAACAAAGAGGUUUGUGUUCGAGGCCACUGUGAUCGAGGAUAUCAGAUUGAGACACCAAUGCAUUGAAGAAAGAACACCCGAUGAUGACCAGUACUCCGCGAAACGUCCCUCGCGAAUCGAGUCCUUAUCGGCUUUCAUAUGGAAUCGUUACGUGGCUGCAACCAAAGACGAAUUAUUGGAGGGAACUGAGAAGGGCUACUCAGUGGUUCAUGCGGCGAAUAUUCGUACCAGGCUUGAGCCACAGCUACCGGAAUAUUCUUUCGGAAAUGUUAGUCGUUGCGGCGUCGUAAUCUUAAAAACCGGUGAGGAGUACGGAUAUGAAGUGACGAGGCAAAUAAGAGAAGGUAUAAGAAAGUUGGACAUGGAGUAUUUGGAGAAGGUGAAAAAAGGAGAAGAUGUAUACUUGGAUUUAAUUAUGAGCUAUGGUAGAGGAAUAACUGAGAGAGGAGGACAGUACACAUCGUUAUGCUUUUCUAGUUUGUGUAGGUUUCCUAUUUAUGAAACUGACUUUGGUUGGGGCAACCCAAUAUGGGUCAGCUCAGCCAAUCUGUGUUAUGCUAAUUUCGUAGCUUUCAUGGACACUAAAUCUGGUGAUGGUAUUGAAGCAUAUAUUGCUUUGAAGAAGGAACACAUGAUUAAGCUCGAAGCCGAUAAGGACUUUCUUAAAGCCGUUUCUUCAGUUUGGUGCUAG